UUGGGGUUAUUACAGUUACUUGAGCAACCGGAUGACGCACACCGUCUUAGCAUUACCUGUGGAAUAUGUGCAUCGCAUUUGAUCCUUGAAAAUCGGGAGAAAGCAGAAGAGUUUUAUCAAGAAGCUCUCCUCCAGGAUCCUAAUAAUGAUAAGGUGAUGGCACUUCAGGGUCAGAUCAUGUUCAGCCAUCGACAGCUUGAUAAGGCAGAGCAAAGGUUUCUUGAGGCACUGGGUGUCGCACCUGACUGUGGACUGUACCAUUUGUGGCUGGGGAAAGUGUACUGGGUGAUGGGAAGAGAAACAAGGGCGGACAAGUCCAAGAUGUUGGCAUCCUUGCUGAAGGCAGCUAAAUUGGAUCCAUAUUAUUCAGACACUUUCCUCUACCUGGGACAUUUCUACUGGCAAGUUGCUGGAGAUAAAAGCAAGGGUAGGAAGUGUUACCAGAAGGCGUACGAGUUGAACCCCCAGAAUGAAGAAGCAGCCGCAGCAUUGGGAGAUGCUUGCAUUGAGCUUGGAGAAGAGGACGCAGCCCUACAGUUGUACAGAAACGUGACCGAAGCCGCGGCGGCAGGUACAGCCAAAUGGGCAUGGUUGAGGCUGGGGUUGUACUACCACAAACAGGCCAACUACAAUGAUGCUGUGGCAAGCUUUCAAGCGGCACUGAGAGCUGAUCCAAAAGACAGGCAUUGUUGGGAGUGUUUAGGAGAUGCAUAUAUGAGCAGAGGAAGCUACACUGCUGCACUGAAAGCAUUCACCAGGGGUGUAGAGCUGGAUUCAAGCGCCAAAUAUUGCUUAUUUCAGAUCGCAGCCAUUAAGCAGACACUCGAGGCGUACACGGAGGCCGCGUCUGAGUACCAGAUCAUCUUAGACAGUGACCCUGACUACAUCCCUGCUCUGAAAGGUCAGGGUGAGACUUAUGUUCGUCUAGCCAGAUCCUCCCUGAAUCAGUACUUCAAUGGCAGAGCCGUGGACUAUGUCAAAUUGGCGAUACAGGUCUUGGCACGAGCGGCCUCAUUGCGACCCGACCUGAGUUGUGUCUGGAAGCUGCUUGGCGAUGCCUGUACAAUGCUGCAUCCUCUCAGUGAUAAGCUGAUCAGUGUGCCAGUUCCUGCCAAUCUGAUGGACCAUUCAUUCCAUGGGGAGACCUCCCAGAACAAGAAACAGUUACUCUCUGUUGGAGCCAGGUGUUAUGGCCGAGCCCUGCAUUUGCAGAGUAGCUGCGCCGCACUGUGGCAGGAUCUGGGAACGAACUAUUACUACCAAUCGCUGAACGACACAACCAACUCAACUCAGCUGGCUGACAGAGCGCUACAGUGUUUAAAGAAAGCUCUGGUAUUGGACAGCACAAACCAUGGGUGCUGGACGGCACUGGGUGUCAUUGCAGCAAGCAAAGCCAUGGACAACCCAGCUCUAGCUCAGCACGCAUUCAUCAAGUCCAUUCAGUUGGAGGCAAAUAACGUCGUGGCGUGGACCAACCUCGGUGCCCUGUACCUGUCCAAAGGCAACGUGGAGCUGGCCCAUCAAGCCUUCAAGAUCUCACAGUCACUGGAACCCAGCUAUGUCAACUGCUGGAUUGGACAGGCCCUGGUAGCUGAAAGUAAGGCGCCAGAAGAGGCCAUGGAUUUGUUCCGACAUACAACGGAGCUUGCAACCCAUAGCGAGGGCGCCAUCAGCUACGCCCACUGGGUCUGCCAAACCCUCCUGGAUGCCUCCGUGGACAAGACCUCGGAGGGCUACCGUUUCAACAUUGUCCAGAUGGAUGCAGUCUCCAUGGCAACAGUCGGCCUGGACAAGGUCACAGAUCGAGUCCAGACUGAUGCAUGUGCUUACACAAUGUACGGACUGCUUCUGGAGCGACAAGGCCUGCACAAGAGUGCUGAAAAGGCUUACGCAAGAGUAUUGGAGCUCAUGAAUGAUAGCAACGAUCAAGAAAGAUUGAACCUAGCCAUGGCCAAUCAUGCCCGAAGUCUUUGUUCCAUUGGGCGCUAUGAGGAAGCUGUCAAACAGUUUCAAGCCAUCACUCCCCUUAUUCGCCUACAAGACAUCUGCUGCCUGGCCCUAGCUCUCUACAAGACGGGGAACAUGCAGGCUAGCUACCAGGCUUACGAGCAAGCCCUACAGUUGGCCAGCGACGGCGGGGUCCGUUCCCAGUUGCUAGCGUGUCUCGGCAUGGUGGCAUUUCAGUGUGGAGAUAACAACCGGGCCAAAACACUGCUCUUCCAAAGCUCCCAGGAGUCGGAGCCGGCACCAGAGGGCCUCCUAGCCCUACUGGCCCUGGGCGUCCACCAGGAUGACUACACCCUGGCCACGGCUGCCGUGGCUGAACUGCAGAAACUCAAAGACAAGCCGGGCAUCGUGGCCGAUGUGGCGUUUGCCGGGGCUGUGCUGUACGCUAUCCAGGGUCAGUUUCAACUUGCUUGCAGACAGGUUGCCAAGGCAACAGGAAGGCAUCCCGGUUUGCCUGAGCUGUGGCGACUGAUGGCAGAAAUUAUUCUCCAACUUCUACCUGCAAAGGCAAAGGCCGCAGUCACCUGUAGUCGUGCAGCCCUCCAGGAUAAAGAAGUGUCAAAGGAGUCGGUGUCAACCUAUGCUUUGGCCACUCUGGCCGUCGGUCAGCACGGUGGGUCCACCCCUGCCCAUCAGCGGUGCCUGAGUGCUGCUCAGAAGGCAGUCCAUCUCUACCCGGAUUCUAUGGAGAAUUGGGCUUCCCUUAGUGCCAGCUUUCUAUCGCAUGGUAUAUGGAACAGCACACAGAAGAACAGACAAGAUGACGCAGACAACAACUUGGCUUCCAAGCUGGCUACAUUCGUGCAAUCUUGGGCUGAGAGGUGUGGCCAUGCGGCCAUUCAUCAGUGGGCGGGGCUUCAAGUUGUUGUCAGCUUGAUGCACGAGGGCAGGCUGCAAAGAGCCGACGCACUCACGAGAAAGCUGGAGGUGAUGUACCAGUCUGAACCACACAUCAAGUCAGCCUUACAGCUCCUGCAAGCCCAGGCGGUGUGCAUGCAGCACGUCUCCAGUCAGAGCGUGGAGUUACUCAGGACUGUCAUCUCCAGAACGGCGCGCCAAACAUCGGCAGCGUGGCAGUUGUUGGCCAAGCUGUAUGAGCAGGAGAGUAUGGCAGCCGCAGCAGAGUCAGCCUACAAACAGAGCCUGGUCCACUCACAGGGACAGCAGCUGGUACCACUACUCAGACUGGCUCAUCUAGCUCUCAGAGCAGCUAAGGCAAGCAGUGAGGAUCGCUGGAGCUCUCUGGUGCUGGAGGCCACCGGCGAGGCAUUGAAGCUACAACCCACAUGCACUGUAGCAUUAUUACUGCAGGGGCUCCUACAACAGCACAAAGGCAAUGCAAGGCAAGCUAAGGGGUGUUUCCAGCAGGUUCUUGAGAUGUCCACGGGAGAGAAGAUGAACUUGGGGCGCUCCGUCGCAAGGUAUCACAUGAUGCAGCACUACCUGGGCAAAAAAAACACAAAAGCUAUCCAGGUUCUGAUAGAGGAAGCCGUGCAAGAGCAGGACCCAAACCUUCAACUUCUCCAGGAGCUUGUGCCAUCAGCGUAAAACCUUGAUGUUAUACUAGAUCCCAGUGCUUGCUUGCAAAGUGUUCACUGGUAAACAUAUUUCCAUAACAAAGUAGGGUGCUAUGGUCAAGUGGUUACAGUGUUCGACUCGUGUGCUGUGGUACAUGGGUUCGAAUCCUGACUGGGAACAUGGUGCUUGUGUUCUUGGGCAAGGCACUUA